AUCCCUGCCUGAUGGACACGCCGAAAGCGGAAGUCGCUCCGGGAAAAGGGUGUAUAGCGCAGCGCAGUGAGGGAGAAAGCGGGAGGCGGGGAAGGUUUUACUCUAGGCUUGGGUAUCUCUACAUCCACAACUGCGAUCCAUAUCCUCGUUGUUGGGUGGGGUAUUAAUAAUAUUUCGCAUUCGGUUUUUGGUGCGCUGGGUGUAGGGAAAUCAUUCGUAGGGGAUAAAAAGGGGGUGAGAGUAGUCCGACCGCCGCUCAACAGCAUCCUCUGCUCCGGAUAGACCGUCACGGACUGUCUUGCGCCGUCAGGAUGAAUAGUGAGGACGGGAACCCCGCUGCAGUGCCUGUUGCAGUGCAGGACACCCAAGGGGACCAGCGCUGGAUGUCUCAGCAUCACCGCUUCGUGCAGGAGUGCAAGGAUGCGGAGCCUGACGUGCUGUUUGUGGGGGACUCCAUGGUGCAGCUCAUGCAGCAGUAUGAGGUGUGGAGGGAGCUGUUCUCCCCUCUCCAUGCUCUCAACUUCGGAGUGGCAGGAGAUACCACGUGCAAUGUGUUGUGGAGGCUGCAGAAUGGAGAACUACAGAACAUUCGCCCCAAGGUGGUGGUUGUGUGGGUAGGAACCAACAAUUAUGAACACACUGCGGAGCAAGUAGCUGGAGGAAUCUUAUCUAUCGUACACCUGCUCAUCGCUCAGUUCCCGCAAGCUAAAAUAGUUGUUUUGGGCCUUCUGCCACGGGGAGAGCGACCCAACCCGCUGCGAGAGAAGAACGCUUCUGUGAACGGCAUCCUGCGAUCGAGCCUGGCCCGCCUGAGUGCCGCCCAGUUCCUGGAUGUGGGUGCCGGCUUCGUGCAUUCAGACGGCACCAUCUCCACCAGGGACAUGUUUGACUUCCUUCACCUGACCGCCAGCGGUUACUGGGCGGUGGCAAAGCCCUUGAGCGACCUGCUACUACAGCUGCUGGAGGAGACGCCUGAGGAGAGGCGGGCUUCGCUCGUCUGAGACG